AGGCCCCCCUUCCCCCGAACUCGAAUUGUGACCCCCUCUUCACCCUGGAACAUCUGGACGUGAACCAGGAGCGAGGGGCCCCGGCUCAUCAGCCUUCCCGCUUUUGCUCGGCCCAGCCCAAGCUCACACCCCCCGGGCCGCCACCCCUCCUGGUCACCCCCCACCCCCAGGAGGUACACAGGAUACAAAUGUCAACACUACCCCCCAGCCACCAAGGAGAGCUCUUGAAGGCAUCGCAGCUCAAGAUGGCCACGACGACAACAACGACAACGACAACAAAAGGCAAGUCGGCCUCCAAGGCCGGCGCCAAUGCCAACCCAAAGCAGAAGACGCAGAUGCAUCGCCGCUCAAGGACAGGAUGCUACACAUGCAGGCUCAGGAGGAAAAAGUGCGACGAGGGUUCGCCCAUGUGCACAGCCUGUAAGCAUCUGGGUCUGGCAUGCGAGUACAAGCGGCCGAUGUGGUGGAGCAACAACGAUGCGCGGAGGAAACACAAGGACGACAUCAAGAUGAUCAUCAAGCGCAAGAAGCUGUCUGAGAAGUCGACACACACGCACACGAUCCAGACAUCGGUCGGCUCCCCGCCGGGUCUCUCGCACUCGCUCCCGACGUCGGCAACCUUCUCAGAUCCGCUUGACCGCGCGCGGUCGGCCUCGAUCGACUCGCACUUCGGCUUCAACUUCAACAGCCCGCAGAGCUCCCACGACUUCGGCCCCUUCACGCCGCAGAUGCGCCCGGAGUUCAUGUUCUCGCCCUAUUCCCCUUACGAGAUUGACGUCAAGACGGAGCGUCAGAUGUUCAUUAACGACGUCCCGACGCUGCGCGAAUCGACGACGUCGACCUUCAGCACCUACGCCACCCCGCCGCCCCCGGGCACCAUCCUGCCCCAGUUCCCUCUGGAAGGCGAAUGGACGGAGCAGGUGUACUCGGAGCGGCGGGAGUCGCUGACGGAGGAGACGUUGAACGUGAACUUCUUUGACUUCUCGCAAGGGCCGGUGACGGCGUCGAGGCAAGUAGCCAUCGAGCUCGACGAGGGCGACCAGCGGCUGCUCGACCACUUCGUCCAAUUCGUGCUCCCGACCAUCUUCCCGAUCCUCGAGUUGAACCAGCACGGGCCGGUCAGCUCGGACCUCAUCCUCCCGGCGCUCCAGAACAACAAGGGCUACCUGCACUGCUGCCUGAGCAUCGCCGCGCAGCAUUACAAGGCGGCGAUGGGCCUGCAGGGCGACGAGAUCGACGGCGACAUCAUGCGCCAUCGGUACGCGACCAUCUCGGCUCUCUGCGACGCGCUCAACAGGGACGAGAACCAUCAGCAGAUCCUCGAGGCCGCGCUCGGCCUGAUCUUCUUCCAGUGCGGCGUCGGCCGCUUCGACGACACGCUGCCGGACAUCCCGUGGCACCAGCACUUCCAGGCGGUGCACUCGCUGGUCCAGAAGCUCGACCUGCCGCGCAUCGUGUCGGACCCGAACGAGCCGCUGACGCAGACGCCCUUCAACAUGACGCUGACCGCGUGGAUCGACAUCCUCGGCGCCACGAUGCAGGGGCGCGCGCCGGCGUUCGCGCACACGUACCGCGAGAAGCACCUCUCGGCGGUGAACCCGUCGCUGGGGCUGCGGGAGCUCAUGGGCUGCGAGGACCGCGUCAUGUACCUCAUCUCGGAGAUCGCCUGCCUCGAGGCGCUCAAGCGGGACGGCAUGGACGACAUCACGCUCUGCCAGCACGUGCACGUGCUGGGCGACCAGAUCGGCCUGACCGAGCUGGGCGAGGGCCCGCCGGUGCUGCCGUUCAACGCCAACGGCUCGCUCAGCCCGAAGCAGCUCAGCAAGAACAUGACGGCCGCCUUCCGGCUGGCCGCGCGCAUCUACCUGUGCAGCCUCGUGCCGGGCUUCUCGCCCGCGCAGGCGAGCUGCAUCGGCCUGGUCGACAAGCUGACCGCCGUGCUGCAGCACGUGCCCUCGGGCCCCCACGGCUUCGACCGCUCGCUCGCCUGGGUCUACCUCAUCGGCGGCUCUGUCAGCCUGGCCGGCUCGCCCUUCCGCGCCUUCUUCGACGACCGCGUCGCCCAGCUCGGCGACCUCGCCAACUUUGGCAGCUUCGGCCGCGUCGCCUGCCUCCUGCGCGAGGUCUGGCUGCGGGCCGAUCAGCUGGCGCAGCAGCAGCAGCAGCCGCAGCCGCAGCCGCAAUCGUCGCAACAGCAGCAGCAGCUCAAGACGGAGUCUUCCCCGGCCGCGGAAGCGCCCGCUUCGCCGGAGGCUCCCCUGCAGCCGCUGUCGCAGCCACACACGCAGUACAUCCACUGGCGGGAUGUCAUGCAGAUGAAGGGGUGGGAUUACCUGCUCAUCUGAUUCUCUGCAGCCCUUUUUUCAAACGCCGGCUUGCUUGAGGCAAGCCUUCUACUUCGAUUCUUCUUCUUCUGCUUCUCUUUUAAAAACGCUAUUUUAUUACGUUCUUAAACUCUUGUGACUCGGGCUGCUAGAGGUUGCCGCGAGGCAAGUAUUGGCUGCAAAGAGAGAGGGA